GACUCGCGCCACUUCUUGUACCGAGAUAGGGGAGAAGCGCUGGCUGCCAGUGAAUGAGUGUCCGGUGUUAGUGAAAAAUUUUAAAAAGACCCAGCUUUGAGCUAAACUACGUUUCCCCCAUCGCGUUUUUGGAAGUAAGUUAUCUUAACUGAAGCUCAAUACCUGCAAUCAUGGCUCGCAAGGAUUACGAAGCAGAGAAAGAAAAAUGCAAAAGGUUCCUGCAGGAAUUUUACACAGAGGAUGACAACGGGAAGAAGCUGUUCAAGUAUGGAGCCCAACUUGUGGCGCUGGCCCACAGGGAGCAGGUGGCUCUCUUUGUGGAUCUGGAUGAUGUGGCUGAAGAAGACCCCGAGCUGGUCGAGAGCAUCUGUGAGAAUGCUAAACGUUACACAGCGCUGUUUGCUGAUGCUGUCCACGAGCUGCUGCCAGAGUACAAAGAAAGAGAUAUUGUUGCCAAAGAUUCUCUGGAUGUGUACAUUGAGCACAGGCUGAUGAUGGAACAAAGGGGUCGUGACCCUGCAGAUACAAGAGACCCUCGUAAUCAGUACCCACCUGAACUCAUGAGGAGAUUCGAGCUUUACUUUAAAGCUCCAAGCACCUCUAAACCCAAAGUGGUGCGUGAUAUUCGAGCCGACAGCAUCGGUCACCUGGUUGCAGUUCGGGGUAUUGUGACCCGAGCGACUGAGGUCAAACCCAUGAUGGCCGUGGCUACAUACACAUGUGACCAGUGUGGCGCUGAGACCUACCAACCAAUCCAGUCUCCUUCCUUCAUGCCCCUUGUUAUGUGUCCCAGCCAAGAGUGUGUCACCAACAAAUCUGGAGGGCGACUCUACUUGCAGACGAGAGGCUCCAAAUUCAUCAAGUUCCAGGAACUGCGUAUUCAGGAACACAGUGACCAAGUACCUGUUGGAAACAUCCCAAGGAGCAUGACGGUGUACGUGCGUGGCGAAAACACACGUCUUGCCCAGCCAGGAGACCAUGUAGCCAUCACAGGAAUCUUCCUCCCUCUGCUGCGCACAGGCUUCAGUCAGGCUGUUCAGGGUCUCCUGUCAGAAACGUAUCUGGAGUGUCACAGCAUUACACUCAUGAACAAGACUGAGGAUGAUGAACUCGGUAACGAGGAGCUGACUGAUGAGGAGCUGCGAAGCAUCACAGAUGAAGGAUUUUAUGAGAAGCUAGCUGGCUCCAUAGCGCCAGAGAUCUAUGGACAUGAAGAUGUGAAGAAGGCUUUGCUGCUGUUGCUGGUUGGAGGAGUGGAACAGGCUCCCAAAGGCAUGAAAAUCAGAGGCAACAUUAAUAUCUGCCUGAUGGGAGAUCCAGGAGUCGCUAAGUCCCAGCUGCUGUCCUACAUUGAUCGUCUGGCUCCUCGAAGCCAGUACACAACAGGUCGUGGUUCAUCUGGGGUCGGUCUGACUGCAGCAGUGAUGCGUGACCCCCUAACCGGUGAGAUGACUCUAGAAGGAGGAGCCUUAGUUCUGGCUGACCUGGGCAUCUGCUGCAUUGAUGAGUUUGAUAAGAUGGCUGAUGCAGAUCGAACCGCCAUCCAUGAAGUCAUGGAACAACAGACCAUCUCCAUUGCUAAGGCUGGCAUCAUGACCUCCCUCAACGCCCGUUGCUCUAUUCUAGCAGCAGCGAACCCCGCCUACGGCCGCUACAACCGGAAGAGCAUCGAGCAGAACAUUCAGCUGCCAGCUGCUCUGCUCUCCCGUUUCGACUUGCUGUGGCUCAUUCAGGACAAACCGGAUGCUGAUGCUGACCUGCGUCUGGCCCAGCACAUCACCUACGUGCACCAGCACUCCCGCCAACCGCCCACACACUUCACCCCUAUUGACAUGAAACUGAUGAGGCGUUAUAUAUCUCUGUGCAAGAAGCGGCAGCCUGUGGUGCCCGAGUCACUGGCCGAUUACAUCACUGCUGCUUACGUGGAAAUGAGAAAAGAGGCUCGGGUCAGCAAAGACACCACCUUCACCUCCGCUCGUACCCUCCUCUCCAUCCUGCGUCUCUCCACUGCACUGGCUCGACUUCGCAUGAUGGACACCGUAGAGAAGGAAGAUGUAAACGAGGCCAUGAGACUGAUGGAGAUGUCCAAGGAUUCAUUACAGGCUGACAAAUCCAGCACCACAAGGACGCAGCGACCGGCCGACGUCAUCUUCUCUCUGGUGCGUGAGCUCGCCGCAGAGGGCCGUGGAGCCGGUGGGUUGGUUCGCAUGGCUGAAGCAGAGCAGCGUUGCGUCUCUCGUGGCUUCACGCCCGCCCAGUUCCAGGAGGCCUUGGAGGAGUACGAGGAGCUGAACGUGUGGCAGGUCAACCAGGCUCGCACGCGCAUCACUUUCGUCUGAACAACUCAGGACACGCCUUCAUGCACAUUUUGCUUCAGUCACCUGAGGGAGGGUGGGGGACUCUUUGUUGUGGGAUUUCUACAGACUUGUAAUGAGGUUAAGCAUUUUGUAAGUCCAGCAGAAGAAAGAUUCUUUUUAAAUAUGACUAUUAUUGCAAGAAUUCCAGCUAAUGGAAACCCAGAAUUCCAGAAGAAUCCUGUUAACAGUACCUUGCUUGUAAAUAUGUAUGUCAGAAGUUAGUAUUGUGAAGUAUUUCCUGUGGUUUAGCUGCGAGCAUCCAUUUAACAUUGAGCAUUUCUGUACAUUUUAUACUUGCUGAUGCAAAUCAGACAAAUUUAUAUUGAGCCUUGUAUUGUGAGAGUUAAAAUAAAUUGAUGGUUCAAUA